UUUGACAACGAAGACACUUUCAGCCAGCAAACAUAAACAAGCAGGAAUCAUGAGAUAAUACGAUUCAGAGAGCAGACUUAUACAAAUGAUUGUAAGAAUGUUUCUAGAAUAACUUAAAACAAGAAAGAGCAACAAACUAACUCAGCUGACACAAAAGCUGACCAGGCAACAAGGGUCUUGUAAAAUGGCAGAUCCAAUGGUUGACCACGUGACAAGACUGAGACUGAAAAUGCUGGAAAAGAGACUGGAAAAUGAGAGACAUGACAACAGUGAACGAGAGGGUUCAGCAUACUCCACAAGGAGUUCUGAUGGACAAGCAUACGCAUUACACAGCGCACUGAGGCGCAAGAGGAACUUACUCCAGAGACUGAGGGAGCAACAUAUGAUGGAAGAUCUCGGAAGGCCACACACAUGGGGUGGAGCUCGCAGGCAGGGUCAUUAUGAACCACCUCAACCUGUGCCUCCCAUUCAUAUCCAUCAGAUUCCACAACCACCACCUGCCCCUCAGCCCCCCCAAAUCAUUCAACACACCGUUCCACAGCAGCCCGCCACCAUUAUCCAGCAGUUACCACAGCAACAGCCUCUCAUAGCACAAAUCCCGCCCCCACAGACCUUCCCUUACAGAUCAGGCAGUAUAAAAGAAGACAUGGUGGAGUUAAUGCUCAUGCAGAACGCUCAAAUGCACCAGAUCAUCAUGCACAAUAUGAUGCUGAAGGCCCUUCCAAUAGGAGGCGGUGCCAGCCAGGUCACACCUCCAGCCUUAUCAGGACAGCAACAUGACUUAAAAGUGAGAGGAGGCGCUGUUCAUCACCAUCAUCACUACGGUUCUCACGGACCACCUCUUCCUCCAAUUGGCUAUUCGGUUUGGCCUCCUAUGCCAGUAGGACAAGGCGGGACUUAUCAGACAUCAGUGCAGCCUGCGAUUGGUCCAGUCUCUCUGCCCCCGUUAAACACAAUGACAACUGAUGAUGUGAACUCAAGAGCUUCUCUUGGCCUCUAAAACACAAGUAUAAAACACAAAGCCUAAAAUGCAGAGUGCAGACAAAUCCCUCUUCAUCUUCACAUUAUAUUUAUUAAUUGGAUUAUUUAAUUUACUGUAAUAUAGAUGCACACUUUUGUAUGGUCAUUAUAGUUUUACUGUUUUAAGAUUGUGUUAGAUUAUUCAUUUAUUAUCAACUAAGUGAAAUGUAUUACAUCAUAUAAUUUCUCUGCUGUACAAGGUUUGACGAAGGUAGAACUUUUAAAAACCUUGAGCACACCCACACGCAUUUUCUUCUACUUUAAGACACGUGAUGCUCAUAUACGAUUCUGAUUGGUUAGAUAACUUGGCUCACUAGUUCUCAGCGGUAUAGAUUGUCACUUACGUUUAAAUGCUGAUGUUAAAUGCAACAGACAGAAAUA